UGCCAGCGCGCACAAUGGCCAGAGCCGGCGGCAGAGCCCGCGCCCCUCCCAGUGCCCGGCACGCCCCGGGCCGAACCCAACGCUGAGCGCCUCCCGCCGAGCGCGCGGGGCCAUGUUCCCGGGGAAGUGCGACGGCUGCCAGGGCCUGUGGGAGAGCGGCGGGCCCGCGGGCGCCGAGCGGCCAGCGCUGGCGGCGACGCUGAGCCCCGGCCCGCUCUUCAGCCCGGGCACCUACGAGCGCCUGGCGCUGCUGCUCGGCUCCAUUGGGCUGCUGGGCGUCGGCAACAACCUGCUGGUGCUCGUCCUUUACUACAAGUUCCAGCAGCUCCGCACUCCCAUCCACCUCUUCCUGGUCAACAUCAGCCUCAGCGACCUGCUGGUGUCCCUCUUCGGGGUCACCUUUACCUUCGUGUCCUGCCUGCGGAACGGCUGGGUCUGGGACUCCGUGGGCUGCGUGUGGGACGGGUUUAGCAGCAGCCUCUUCGGCAUUGUUUCCAUGACCACUCUCACUGUGCUGGCCUAUGAACGUUAUAUUCGCGUGGUCCAUACCAGAGUGAUCGAUUUUUCCUGGGCCUGGAGGGCCGUUACCUAUAUCUGGCUGUACUCACUGGCGUGGUCAGGGGCACCUCUCCUAGGCUGGAACAGGUAUAUCCUGGAUGCACAUGGACUAGGCUGCACUGUGGACUGGAAAUCCAAGGAUGCCAACGAUGCCUCCUUUGUGCUUCUCUUAUUCCUUGGCUGCCUGGUGGUGCCGGUGGGUGUCACAGCCCAUUGCUAUGGCCAUAUUCUGUAUUCUAUUCGAAUGCUUCAUUGUGUUGAAGAUCUUCAGACAACUCAAGUGAUCAAGAUUUUAAGAUAUGAAAAGAAAGUAGCCAAAAUGUGCUUUUUUAUGAUAGUCACCUUCCUGAUUUUUUGGAUGCCUUAUAUUGUGAUCUGUUUCUUGGUGGUUAAUGGUUAUGGAUAUGUGGUCACUCCAACAGUGUCUAUUGUUUCGUAUCUCUUUGCUAAAUCGAGCACUGUGUAUAAUCCAGUUAUUUAUAUCUUCAUGAUCAGAAAGUUUCGAAGAUUCCUGUUGCAGCUCCUAUGUUUCCGACUGCUGAGGUGCCAGAGGCCUGCUACAAACCGACAGGCAGACGGGAGUGAAAUACGGCUCAGACCCAUUGUGAUGUCACAGAAAGACAGGGACAGGCCAAAGAAAAAAGUGACUUUUAACUCUUCUUCCAUCAUUUUUAUCAUUACCAGUGAUGAAUCAUUAUCAGUUGACGACAGUGACAAAACAAAAAAUGGAUCUAAAGCUGAUGUAAUCCAAGUACGACCUUUAUAAGAAUAAAUAAUUAUAAUGAAAGAUGGGUACUUAAAUUGAACACUACUUUUAGACUUCCAUUAUGAGGACUGUUUUGAAAUCCCCAUUCUGUGUAAUAUCAAAAGAACUUUGGUGAGCCAGCAGGAAAUCCGAAUUUUCCAUGUGCUCUCUAGUCUCUGGAAGCAAUUGAGCAAAGAAAUUCUUUUAAUUCAAUGGGUGCUUUACAUAGUGAAAAACCACUGUGGCAUACGAGGAGCAUAUGGCACCAUCAACUUCUAACAUGUUGGAAAUUUUUCGUUUCAAAUGUAUUUUUUAAAUGACUAUAUUUUCCAAGGCACACAAUACAUUUUUCUCUAAAAUAAGUAGCUAUAAAAAUAACUGUCUCAUACACAGGUGUGAAAUAGCUAGAAAAAUCUUGAAUUUUCUGUAGUGUUGGAUUCUAUUCAUUGUCGUGUCAAAUGUUUGACCCAUCAAAUUUAUCACAGGCAAUUCUAGGGUGAAAAAGAAAAUUGAUUCCCUAACUUUACUUGAAACAAAAGACUGUUGCUAUAUGUUAAUAUGAUAAAGAGGCAUUUCAGACAAAUGUCCUGCUAAGCAAGCUCUAGAAGAUACUAUCAAAAAGCCACACAGCCAAGAAAAUAGGAUGGCUAAUUUCAAGGUAAUCAUGGGUAUAGACAAUCAUACAUUAGUAGAGGGUGUUCAUGCUAAAGAUUGUGUUGAUGGCAGAUGGAUAUCUCCAUCUAUAUCAUUUCAAACAUGAACAUGGCAGGACGAUCUUCUAAUGAUUUCCCACAAUUUUGCCAAGAGUUCAGGAUUUGGAAAAGGAGUUCCUACAUUUGAAGGGUGAUAAAAGUAAGUAUAGAACUAAACUCAUAAAAUGUAUUAUUUAAUCUUGAUUACUCUUCAAUCAAUCCACUGGAUAAUUUAAUAGUGUUAGUGUAGAGACCAUUUUACCAUUGGUCAUUGUUUAGACUAAACAUGGAUUAUUAGAACUCAAGGAUUUCUUUGACAAUAUGGAAAAGAAACUGAAUUAUUUUAUUUGGUUGUCUAAUUUUUAUGUCUUAGAAGACAGUCCUACUAAUGUUGCAUCUUCAUAAUGAAUCAUGUUUAAAGACUUCUAAAUGUUCAGUCAGCCUAUUGAAGGAGAAACCAAAGAAAACAUUUUUUUUUAAGUAGGAAACACUUUUAUUCUUUAAAAGCAAUUAAGAAAAAGGAGUCAAAACUGUACUUGUUGGUAAUCACACUGACCAUUAUCAGAAUACUACAUGCUAUUAGGAAAAAGCAAUUUCUUUUUUUCUGAGAUGCUCCUCACUGGGUGAUCUGAAGUGAACAUUUAAAGUCAAGUUUAUUUCUGGUUCUGCCACAGCAUAUAGUUCAAGAAUAAGUGAGUAAAUUGCUUCUAAGAGUUGGAAAUGAAAAAAACAUGGCUUCAUAUUUCUAUGAAAAUUGUCUCCCUUUGUUUCCUUUCUACUCUCUUAUAUAUGUAGAUAUUUAAUUUGUAAAUGCAGACCUUCCUAUCCUUCACUUAGUAUGGCAUUAACAGCCUUUUAAGAAAUCUUUCGAAGGUAAUACUGGCAUUUGAAGAGUAGGAAAUAAAAUGGAUUCAUUUUGAACUCUCUAGAAAGCCCUCAAAUUUCUCAUUUAUACUUCUAGUUUUGUCAAGUGAAUCUGAGCCCUGUGCUUAGAUAUGUUCCAUCAUCCAAGUGAUGAAAAGUGUAGUGAACGUGUCAGGCAAAUUGUAAUAUUUAAAGAAAUUGUAAUUUUUAAAGAAAAAGGUGUGUCAGUGUCUUCCUGGAGGACUCUAGGGCCUAACUUUUCCCAAAGUGAAUAAGGUAUUAGUUAUUGCACUUCCUUCUAUGUUUAUAAUGACCUGACUUAGCUGCAGUGUUGUGGGGGAUGUUGCAACUUAAAGUGGUGUUUUUUUAAUUAUUAUUUUAUUUUUAUUUUUUUAUUCCCUUUCACCCCCCCUUUUAAUUUU